AUUUCGGAAUAGUGUAAUCAAAAGUCUAAGACGCAAUUUUUAAAUAACCCAACUGUGUGAUAUUUGUUAAUUAGUAAGAAAUACAUCAUAUGUGAAUUCGGAAAUAAAUAUUGUGUAUAAACAGUUACUUUUAUCCAAGAAGAAACCAAAUCAAAAACCAUCAAUAUGUUCAAAUGCUAAAAUAAAACGUGAUAACAAAUUUAUAUAAACAGAACCAGCGGAGGUAAGCGAAUAGCGAUGCCGACGCGUUCAGUUCUCCAUGACGACAUAGAAUGCGAGGAUGACUCGGACUUUCAAAUCGAGGAUGACCUUGACCUCUCGGAGUUCGACGAGAUUGGCAAGUCACCAAUUGGAGACGACGAAAUCCAAAAAGCGGUGACGAAAAGUGCGAAAGAUGCCGAUGAUACGCAGAAGGUUCCGAAGAAGCGAGGACCAAAGAAAAAGAAGAUGACGAAAGCAAGACUGCUGCGUUUGCGGAUGCGUAGAGUGAAAGCAAAUACGCGCGAAAGAAACAGAAUGCACGGUCUUAAUGAUGCGUUGGAUAACCUGCGUAAACACGUGCCGUGUUAUUCAAAAACACAGAAACUUUCAAAAAUAGAAACACUCCGCCUCGCUUGUAACUAUAUCAGCGCUCUGGCGAAUAUCCUCAAAUCAGGUGUCAGACCGGACGGUGUGACCUUCGCGAAAGCCUUGUCAAAGGGGUUGUCCCAGAACACUAUGAAUCUUGUUGCAGGAUGUCUGCAGUUGAAUCCCCGGACUCUACUUCCGGAGUCCGCCUCUUAUUCGAAAUCGUAUCAGUUUUUAUAUGAAAACUCCUCUGUAGACUACGUGAAUCCACUGCUAGGAACCAGUGACUAUGCAAACCAUGAUUUCACCGGAUAUGACAGCUAUUCACCGUCCAGAGGAAACACGUGUUAUUCUAUGCCUUCUCUUAACCACAUGCCUCAAUCAAGCGUGCCUUCUAUGGUGAACGGGUACGUUUCACCUCGGAUAAUGAGUCCGCUCCAGGGUUACACCCCAGACAACAGUCUCCAAGUCGAGGCUAUGACGUCAUCGGGUUUCAUGCGCUGUGAUAAUGUAAUGGAGACUUAUCGUCAUAGUAGCGCCCCGUAUGAUCAGCUUGAGAUGAGCCAACAAGGCGUCAUGAAUCAAGGCUACGGUCAACACUGUGCGAUAAUGGACUCGCUGGUGGAUCAAAUGGCUGAGACCGAUAUGUCCUUUUUGUCGGGAAGUUCCAACAUGUUUGACCAGAUGACACGAUAGACCUUUUCCUAUAAAUUAGGAACCUCGAUAAUGAUUUUUACAUUCUAAUAAAACAAUAACCAAUGCGAAAAUAGCGCGGGAUUGACACGUAUUUUGUAGAUCUUUUUGUGUACCAUUAAUUAUACGACUUACGGGAUACUGAUAUUUAAUUAAUAACAACGCGGAAUAUUUGCAGAUAGAAAGUAGUUCUUUUUAGUUUGUGUUGUCGGAGUUCAAAGUUAUGAAUUGUCAAAACAAUAACGAAGAGAGUAAGGACUAAUGCAACAUACCAACUUUAAGCAUUUUGUUUUGCAUCAUUCUAGUCUUUAAAAUGUAGGACAAUAUCACGACUAAACCGACACACAAACGACUACAGAACACUAGAUCAGGGAUCAACCCAAUCUCCACGCAAAGUUUUCGUUCCAUGUUUUCUCAUACUAUCUCUGCUAUAUAAAAAUCCGACCAGAUAUGGAAGGAUUUUGUUUUAAGUAUUAUGUAAUGAAAAGUAGUAUAUUUUUUUAUAAUUUGAAAAUUUUGUAUAAGUUCCGGUUCAUACUACACAAAUAAAUGAUCUAAAUUUAAAAACGGACAGUAACAACUGGAAAAUUAUUCUACCACGUGGCUCAGCUAUCAGGACGUGGUUGGUUGUAACGGCAGGGAUUUGAAAGAGCUAUGUAUCCUGGUUUCAAUCUAUUGCACGACGAUUAAAUAACUUUCAUUCACGUUAGAGUCGUGUUCUGUGAAAACAGGGCUUAAUGCAUGUGCGUAA